AAUCAUGGGUAAUCUGUAUUUCAUUUAUUUAUUUCUGCCUAAGAUUUAUGCUGAGUUCUUCAGCGUAUGUUUAUUCCCCUUCCUUUUCUUUUCUACCUGGUGCAAUGACAGAUUUUCUUCUAUGCCCAAGAUGGGUUCUUGUUUUACCAUCAUUGACCUGCAGGUUUCCCUUUCUGCUAUAAGUUGGCAUGGGAAGGGUGUCUCCCUCAUCGUGCCUUUAAUGCACACCCUCACUCUCUGUGAGUUGGUGGGAUCAUCAAUGCUUUUCAUUUGGGCUCAACAAACAAAAUAUGGGUUACCCUCUUCUUCUUCUUCUUCUUCUUCUUCUCUGUGGUGGUGAUUCUUGUGGAAGACUCAGAGAUCCAAGGUGAGAGAAAUUCACAUUUUCUCAGUUUCAGUUUAGUUUUCUCUUCAGGCCAUUUCUUCUGGUAGAUGCUUGUUUAUCAAAGGAGAAGAUGAGCUGGGUGUUGAAUGGAAGCAGGAGAAAUGAGAGUUCUUAUCCUUCCCCAUUUAUGCAAUACUUUCUUGGCCCUCCCCCCCCUUCUCCACCGCCGCGCUAUGACCAAAGCUUUGAGAACAAGAUCAGUCCUAGCAUCUUGCUGAUCAUAAUAAUUCUGGCCGUCAUAUUCUUCAUCUCCGGUCUGCUUCACCUUCUUGUUAGAUUCCUUAUUAGGCCUUCGAGGAGGGACUCCAAUGACAUGGACAAUGUGACCGUCUUACAAGGGCAGCUGCAGCAGCUCUUCCAUCUUCAUGAUGCAGGGGUGGACCAGUCUUACAUCGACACCCUCCCUGUGUUCCUCUACAAGUCCAUCAUCGGAGCUAAGAACCCAUUCGAUUGUGCCGUCUGCCUCUGCGAAUUUGAGCCAGACGACAAGCUUAGGCUGCUGCCCAAGUGCAGCCAUGCAUUCCAUCUAGAGUGUAUAGAUACAUGGUUGCUCUCACAUUCAACAUGCCCGCUGUGCAGAGGGAGUCUCCUCCCUGACUUUCCGUCAAACACUUGCUCGCCGGUCGUCCUGGUUCUUGAAUCCGGCAGCGAAAGCUCCCGGGAGAUCGUCGACAGAGACUUCCGGGACUCUCUUUCUGCUGCCCCGACGAAUUUGGCAUCCGAAGACGGCUUCCCGCCUGCCCUCGUCGAGAAUUCGCAGAAACCAGUUGAUAAUCCGGCGAGGGAGGAGGCGAAAGUGGUGCCGGUGAAGCUGGGUAAGCUGAGGAACACAGAUGCCGUUGGUGGUACCGUUGCUGGGGACGUCUCUGCCAGGGGCAUAGGCGCAGGGGAGAGCAGCAGCAGCAUCAGUAAUGUGGACUCCAGGAGAUGUUACUCAAUGGGUUCUUUUGAGUAUGUCUUGGAUGAAGCCUCUCUCCUGCAAGUACCCAUUGUUCCAGUGAAAAGGAAAAGACCCACAACGACGGCACCUUUGCCUUUGGUGCCGGGCCACAGGCCUACCGUCUCCAUGUGUGACUUCUCAAAGAAUUCACAGCCUAGAAAGGAAGGAUUUCGAAUUGCAGACUGCCAUGGAGGCAGCUCGGCGGUGAUUCGGGAGGACAAAAAGGAAAGCUUUUCGGUUUCAAAGAUCUGGCUCCGAACAAAGAAGGACAAGCCGUCUUCCUCCACAGAUCCAUCCAGAAGGGCGUUCUCCUUCCGGCUGCCGAUGCAGAGGGUGGAUGAUGCGAAGCUGAAGCAGAGCAGCAGCCAGAGGACUACCGUGUCUGAGAUUGAGGUUGAAGGAUGGAUGAACCAUGGUGAUGCUUGUUCGUUGCCUAGAAGUAGUGUAUGUGGUGUGGAUGAAGAGAGCUGCAGUUUCUACAGUGUAGAGUCUCAAAUCAGCUCAACGCCAUCCUUUGCCAAGCGAACACUCAAUUGGAUUGUUGGGAAGCAGAACAGAGUGAUGCAUUCAGCUCCAAUCCCCCCUGUUUGAGAGCACUUUUUGUCUGUGAAACAUUCCUCUCAUCCGAUUCUUGUCAGCAAAAAUCGCAAAAAGAAAAGGGAAACAAAGAACACCCGAAUACAGAUUUGUUAUUUUUUGUAUAAUUUUUAUCUGGUCAAUAGAGAUUUCUCAUUUCUUCU